AUGCCGCCGCAUUCCCAGGAUCCGCUCCGAACGCUCCCGCCUCCGCGGACCUUCACGGCCUGGUGCAAUUCCCAUCUCCGGAAGGCCGGCACGCAGAUCGAGAGCAUCGACGAGGACUUCCGCGACGGCCUCAAGCUCAUGCUGCUCCUGGAGGUGAUUUCCGGGGAGCGGCUUCCGAAGCCGGAGCGGGGCAAGAUGCGGGUGCACAAGAUCAACAACGUGAACAAGGCUCUGGAUUUCAUCGCCAGCAAAGGGGUCAAGCUGGUAUCCAUAGGGGCCGAGGAGAUCGUGGAUGGGAAUGCCAAGAUGACGCUGGGAAUGAUCUGGACCAUCAUCCUGCGCUUCGCCAUCCAGGACAUCUCCGUGGAAGAGACCUCGGCCAAGGAGGGUUUGCUGCUGUGGUGCCAGCGCAAGACGGCCCCGUACAAGAACGUCAACGUGCAGAACUUCCACAUCAGCUGGAAGGACGGCCUGGCCUUCAACGCCUUGAUCCACCGGCACCGGCCCGAGCUCAUCGAGUACGACAAGCUCCGCAAGGAUGAUCCCGUGACAAACCUGAACAACGCCUUCGAAGUGGCCGAGAAAUUCCUGGACAUUCCCAAGAUGCUGGAUGCAGAGGACAUUGUCAACACAGCCCGCCCUGACGAAAAAGCCAUCAUGACCUAUGUGUCCAGCUUCUACCAUGCCUUUUCCGGGGCUCAGAAGGCCGAAACGGCGGCGAACCGGAUCUGCAAAGUGCUGGCCGUGAACCAGGAAAACGAGCACCUCAUGGAAGACUAUGAGAAACUGGCGUCCGACCUGUUGGAAUGGAUCAAACGCACCAUUCCCUGGCUGGAAGACCGCAGCCCCCAGAAGACCAUCCAGGAGAUGCAGCAGAAGCUGGAGGAUUUCCGGGAUUACCGGCGCAUCCACAAACCUCCCAAAGUUCAGGAAAAAUGCCAGCUGGAAAUCAACUUCAACACCCUGCAGACCAAGCUGCGCCUCAGCAACCGGCCCGCGUUCAUGCCCUCCGAGGGCAGGAUGGUGGCGGAUAUCAACACGGGCUGGCAGCACCUGGAGCAGGCGGAGAAGGGCUACGAGGAGUGGCUGCUCAACGAGAUCCGGCGGCUCGAGCGGCUCGACCACCUGGCGGAGAAAUUCCGCCAGAAAGCCUCGAUCCAUGAAUCCUGGACGGAAGGGAAGGAGGCCCUGCUGCGGCAGAAGGACUACGAGGCUUCCACGUUAUCCGAGGUCAAGGCCCUGCUGAGGAAGCACGAGGCCUUCGAGAGCGACCUGGCCGCCCACCAGGACCGCGUGGAGCAGAUCGCCGCCAUCGCCCAGGAGCUCAACGAAUUGGAUUAUUACGACUCGCCCAGCGUCAAUUCCCGGUGCCAGAAGAUCUGCGACCAGUGGGACGUCCUGGGAUCCCUGACCCACAGCAGGAGGGAGGCCCUGGAGCAAACGGAGAAGCAGCUGGAAACCAUCGACGAGCUGCACCUGGAAUACGCCAAGCGCGCGGCGCCCUUCAACAACUGGAUGGAGAGCGCCAUGGAAGACCUGCAGGACAUGUUCAUCGUCCACACCAUCGAGGAGAUCGAGGGCCUGAUCGCGGCGCACGACCAGUUCAAAUCCACCCUUCCCGACGCCGACAAGGAGCGCGAGGCCAUCCUGGGAAUCCAGCGGGAAGCGCAGCGGAUCGCCGACUUCAACGGGAUCAAGCUGGCCGGGAAUAACCCCUACACCUCCGUCACCCCCCAGAUCAUCAAUUCCAAGUGGGAACGGGUGCAGCAGCUGGUGCCCAAGCGGGACGGCGCGCUGCUGGACGAGCAGAGCAAGCAGCAGUGCAACGAGCGCCUGCGGCGCCAGUUCGCCGGCCAGGCCAACGUCGUGGGGCCCUGGAUCCAGACCAAAAUGGAGGAGAUUGGACGCAUCUCCAUCGAGAUGAACGGCACCUUGGAGGACCAGCUGGAGCACCUCAAGCAGUACGAGAGGAGCAUCGUGGACUACAAGCCCAACAUGGACCUGCUGGAGCAGCAGCACCAGCUCAUCCAGGAGGCCCUCAUCUUCGACAACAAGCACACCAACUACACCAUGGAGCACAUCCGCGUGGGCUGGGAGCAGCUCCUCACCACCAUCGCCCGCACCAUCAACGAGGUGGAGAACCAGAUCCUGACCCGGGACGCCAAGGGCAUCAGCCAGGAGCAGAUGCAGGAAUUCCGGGCGUCCUUCAACCACUUCGACAAGGACCACGGAGGCUCCCUGGGCCCGGAGGAAUUCAAAGCCUGCCUCAUCAGCCUGGGAUACGACGUGGAAAACGACCGACAGGGCGACGCCGAGUUCAACCGCAUCAUGAGCCUGGUGGAUCCCAACGGCAGCGGCACCGUCACCUUCCAGGCCUUCAUCGACUUCAUGUCCCGCGAGACGACGGACACGGACACGGCCGACCAGGUCAUCGCGUCCUUCAAGGUCCUGGCGGGGGACAAGGGAAUUAGAAGUUGGUGGGUUUAG